CCUGUCCCGCCCCGCCCGGCAGCCUCGGGGGCCCCGGCCGCGGUUCUCUCAGCGGCUGGACUCGGCGCGCGGCCCCGGGCAGCCCCGGCCGGAGCACCGGGCGCUCCUUCCUCGCGGUGACACGCAGCUGCCCAGUUUUCCCAUCAUCAGUUAUUGAAGAGGAUGUCUUUUCCCUGUGAAUUGAUUAUUUGAAGAAAUGGAUACUUCUUCCUCCAAGAAAUAUCCAGUUAAAAAACGGGUGAAAAUACAUCCCAACACAGUGAUGGUGAAAUACACUUCUCAUUAUCCCCAGCCUGGGGAUGAUGGAUAUGAAGAAAUUAAUGAAGACUACAGAAAUUUUAUGGAAGAAAAUCCAAAAAAAGGCUUGCUGAGUGAAAUAAAAAGAAAAGGAAGAACUUUCUUUGGAACGAUGGAUACCCGACCUCCACCAACAGAAGACCCAAUGACCAAUGAGACUGGACAAUUCCAGAGCUUUGCAGAAAAAAAUAUUUUUCAGUCCAGAAAAAUGUGGAUAGUGCUGUUUGGAUCUGCUUUGGCUCAUGGAUGUGUAGCUCUUAUCACUAGGCUUGUUUCUGAUCGUUCUAAAGUUCCAUCUCUAGAACUGAUUUUUAUCCGUUCUGUCUUGCAGGUCUUAUCUGUGUUAGUGGUGUGUUACUACCAGGAGGCCCCCUUUGGACCUAGUGGAUAUAGAUUACGACUCUUCUUUUAUGGUGUGUGCAAUGUCAUCUCUAUCACCUGUGCUUAUACAUCAUUUUCAAUAGUUCCUCCCAGCAAUGGGACCACUAUGUGGAGAGCCACAACCACGGUCUUCAGUGCCAUUUUGGCCUUUUUACUUGUAGAUGAGAAAAUGGCUUAUGUUGAUAUGGCUACAGUUGUUUGCAGUAUCUUAGGUGUUUGUCUUGUCAUGAUCCCCAACAUUGCUGAUGAAGACAAUUCUUUGUUAAAUGCCUGGAAAGAAGCCUUUGGGUACACUAUGACUGUGAUGGCUGGACUGACCACUGCUCUUUCCAUGAUAGUAUACAGAUCCAUUAAGGAGAAGAUCAGCAUGUGGACUGCAUUGUUUACCUUUGGUUGGACUGGGACAGUCUGGGGGGUAUCUACUAUGUUCGUUCUUCAAGAACCUAUCAUCCCAUUAGAUGGAGAAACCUGGAGUUAUCUCAUUGCUAUAUGUGUCUGUUCUACUGCAGCAUUCUUAGGAGUUUAUUAUGCCUUGGACAAAUUCCAUCCAGCUUUGGUCAGCACAGUACAACAUCUGGAGAUUGUGGUAGCCAUGGUCCUGCAGCUUCUAGUGUUACAUAUAUUUCCUAGUGUUUAUGAUGUCUUUGGAGGGGCCAUCAUUAUGAUUAGCGUUUUUGUCCUUGCUGGCUAUAAACUUUACUGGAGGAAUUCAAGAAGGCAGGAUUAUCAGGAAAUAGUAGACUCUCCCAUUAAAUGAAUAUGUGGUUAUCUUGUUAUAAUUCAGUUAUUAAUAGGUACACUGCCAUUUUAAUGUUCACCUAUAAAUGUCUUUUGUGUAUAACUGACAGUGUUUUGUAUUAUAUAAGUAAUUUAUGAAGAUGUAGAAAAAUUUAUUCUAAUAUAUAAAUACUAAUUAUGUGAAAUAUCGUGAAUCUGGUGUCUUUAUUGUUAUUAACAAAAGGUAAUUGUGCUAGAAGGAGAAUGCUAACUUUUAUCACUUAACAACAUAAGACUUGAAGAAAUGACCUCUUUCAGAUUGACCUUCUUGGUCCUAACAUUCAAAAAUUAGAAAAUGUUCAUGCAAAUAUUCUAUGAAUGUUCAACAAAAAUUCUUCAAUAUUUAACACCUUCAUUGUGAAAAGUACACUGUAAUGCUGAAAUGCUGAGUACCAAGCCCUGCUUUGUCAUGUACUUGCAAUAGGAAACUAGAGGUGAUUGGGCUGGGUGAAGGAGAUUGAAUUGAGUCAAACAAGAGGGAACAAAGGAAAGGAGCUGGUUUUUCAAUGACAAUGGUGGGGUCCCACCUUAGAUCAGGUAUGGAAGACCAGAGGUGUGGUGGUGGGAGACCUAAUGUUGAAGCAGGGUCCAUGUAUCUUCAGUGGUACAGAUCUCUUCCAAAACUGCCCUUGUUUAUGACUUUGUAGCAAGUACAUGUGUGAGCAGCAGGAAACGUACUCCUUACCCUGAGAAAGACUUUAACAGUAAUCAUAGUAGCAGAAAAUCAAUACAACAUGGUGUCCAGAAGGUCUUUUCAAAAUGGCCUGUAGUCUUAAAAGCAUAUAAGGUUGCAUUAAUUGGGGUCUAAUUUGAGCAAUUCUUGCUAAUUCAGAACAUCCAAAUGUUGACAUGGUACUGAUUAUUAAGCUAUUGCUACUCUUGAACUCUUGUUAGUUCCAAAUUCAUACUUUCCUCUUUAUGUUAUGACUUAGACCCUGCAAACUACAUUUUUCCUAUACCAACUGAACUCUCACUUAGUUCCACUAAUGAAGGGCAUUAGAGGGAGACUAGAAGGCAGGAAAAGGGGAGAAAGGACUUCUAACUUCCCCUUUGCUUGUGGUUUUUGCCACUGUUGCACCAACAAUAGCAUUUUGUUCUACAGCAUCAGCUGAUCUCAGCCUUGAGCUUCUUUUGGCACUCCUCCAGCCCACAGCCAGCCUCUUCAUAUCCCUCUCAGUAGUAGCAAGACCAACUAGACAGCAUCAUUCCUGAGAAGAUGAUGAGUCAUUUCUCUGAGCUUCUGAGACCUGGUAGUCUUUGCUUUUUGUUAUUGCUUACAUUUUUAGUCAUCUUCUGUUCCAUCCAGUAAGUCCUCUUUUUCUCAGGCCUAGGGGCAGUAGCUGCUCUCCAGAGUUAUCAGCCUUGGCCACUUUAGUGUUCGCUUUUUGCUUUUUCAGUCCAUCAACAUCUGAUACUAGAUUCUUUCUGUUGUAAUAAUAUCUUAUUAUUUUUGUUUUCUUGGCUAAUGUGUCCAAAUCUUCCCCAAAGGAACCCAAAGUCAUUAGUAGAGUGUCUAUGCUUUUGGGAAAAUGUUAACAUUCAGAUUUUCCAGGAAUUAGUAGACACUGGAUCUCAACAGAAAUUAUCCAAAUUAAAGCACAGAAAAAGAUCUGGGAAAAAAAAAAGAAAAGAGCCUAGAAUGACCUGUACUAAGGACUAAGAAGUCCAGUAUAAAUGUAGGUAUAGUCCCAGAAGAGGAGAGAGAAAGAAUGGGACAGAAAAAACUAUCUGAAGAAAUAUUUAUCAAAAGUUUUCCAAACCUGAUAAAAGGAAACAACCACCAGCAAUCCACAGAGCCAGGUAAAUAAUGAACUCUAAUCAGCAAAAAUACAAAGAAAACCACACCUAGAAACAUAGUGUAACUGCUGAUAAAUAAAGACAGAGAAACAAAAUCUUAAAAGCAGCCAGAGAAAAAGACAUGACAUUCAGGAAAACAAUGAUAAGAAUUAUAGCUGGACACAGACACGACAAGUAAUGACUCUACAACAUCUUACUAUGCUGAAGGACAGUGACUGCAAUGAGACUGGAUGGGGACUUGAUAAUAUGGGUGAACGGUGAAACCAUAAUGUUUUGCUCAUGUAAAACCUUCAUAAGAUUGUUUAUCAAUGAUACCUUAAUUAAAUAUAAAUAAAACAAUCUGAAAACAGGAAAAAAAAAUUACAGCUGGCUUCUCAUAAGAAACAAUGGAGGCCAGAAAACAACAGCAUGACAUUUAAAGUGCUGAAAGAAAACCCUUUGAUGGCUUCUCAUUGCCUAUAGGAUAAAGUCCAUAACCUGCUAUUGCUUAUAUUUUUAGUCCUCUUCUGUUCCAGCAAUAUUCUACUAUUGUGUAAUACUUUUCUUAUGCAGGCUCCUCUAUGUGGAAAGCCCUUCUCUUCUUUGCCUACAUAACUGCCUAACUAGCCUGAUCACACAACUCCCCUCACCCUCUGGCUUAAUGUCCCCCUGAACAUAUAUCUAUUACUCUAUUUACUAUAUUAAUAAUAAAUAUGGUUAAAUUUCAUUCUCUGACUCUUGAUUUGAGCUCCUUUAAGACUGAUCCUUAGAUCUCCAGUACCUACUGUAGUGCCUACUACAGAACAGACUCCAUAAUUUUUUGUUGAAUUAAUUUCCAUAAAAGCAUAACAAUACUCAAUCCAGAAAUUAAAUUUAGUCCCCAGGAUCCACUAAUUUUUGUAUCUCACAGUCAAGCCUGUGAUUAGUUACUUCUUGCUAAAAGGCUUUCUUUUGGGUCCUAAAUAGUCCUGCCUGACAGUGAUGCUAAACCAGAUCAUUCUAAUCAUUUCUAACUAUAAGCGUUCAAUAGUUUCCUGGGAAAGGUCUUGAGACAUGGAGGCUCAUUUUUCCCUUCCUUGUCUUUCCAAAUUCUCUCCUUUGGGAUUAAUGAAGUAAGUACCUGCAUGGUUUUAUCCCAGACAGAUUAGCUGCCCUAUAUCUGAAGCCCAUUUCUGGUCUAUAGGUCAUAAAUUUUAAAAAAAAGUUAUAGUUGAUACACAAUAUUAUGUUAGUUUCAAGUGUACAACACAGUGAAUCAACAUUUAUAUAUGUUAUGAUUACUAUGAUAUCCAGUUACCAUGUCACCAAAGUUAUUACAAUAUUAUUGACUAUAUUCCCUAUGCUGUACUUUUCAUCCCUGCAACUUAUGUAUUUCAUAACUGAUGUUUGUACCUCUUAAUCCCCUUCAUCUAUUUUGCCCAUCUUCCCAUCCUUUCACCUCUGGCAACCACCAGUUUGUUCUCUGUAUUUGUAAGUCUGUAUCUGUUUUGUUUGUUCAUUUGUUUUUUAGAUUCCACACAUAACUGAAUCAUAUAGCAUUGUCUUUGUCUUUCACUUAGCAUGAUACCCUCCAGGUACAUUCAUGGUAUCACAAAUGGCAAAAUUUCCUUCUUUUUUAUGGCUGAAUAAUGUUCCAUUA